CUUUUUGAAUUCCUUGUGCUUAUUGUAAACUUAAGCCCACAUUGGGCCCAUAUAAUCUUAAAGAGCUCCACGUCAUUAAGCUUAUUAAAUACAUAAUUUUCACGUGCCACCAACGAACUGAAUAUUAUAACGCGGAACUGAAUGGUCGGCGGCGGCUUGAGACUUGUAAUAAAAGUCAAAACUUCUUUCUCAGACAAUACUUCUUUCUAUUGUAGUCACAGAGAAACAAAUCAGUCACACAUAAGAAGAUCCAGCUAGAUUGUGAUAAUAUUCACAUCAAGAGAGACUGAGAUGGCUUCAGUGGAUUCUCGAAGUGGUUUCUGCAACUCGAAUUCCACAUUCUACAGCAAACGGAGGCCGAUCCCGUUGCCGCCGAAUCCGUCGCUCGACGUCACUACUUUCAUAUCUUCUCAGGCCCAUCGUGGCCGUAUCGCCUUCAUCGACGCCUCCACCGGUAAAAAUCUCACCUUCUCCGAGCUAUGGCGCGCCGUGGAAUCCGUCGGCGAUUGUCUCUCCGAGAUGGGGAUUCGCAAGGGAGAUGUCGUCCUUCUCCUCUCCCCGAACUCCAUUUUAUUCCCCGUCGUCUGUCUCUCCGUGAUGUCACUCGGCGCCGUUAUCACCACCACCAACCCUCUCAACACUCCCGGCGAGAUCGCCAAACAGAUUAAGGACUCAAAUCCCGUGCUCGCCUUCACCACGGCGCAGCUCCUCCCGAAAAUCGUCGCCGCGUCCGGUUCUAAGAAGCUCCCGGUCGUGCUAAUGGACGAGGAGCGAGUUGACUCGGCAGGGGAGUUGAGAAGAUUGGUGGAAAUGAUGAAGAAGGAGCCGAGUGGAACCCGAGUCAUGGAGCGAGUCGACCAGGAUGACACAGCGACUUUGCUCUACUCUUCCGGAACCACCGGGAUGAGCAAGGGGGUGAUCUCUUCUCACCGUAACCUAAUCGCGAUGGUACAAACCAUCGUGAAUCGAUUUGGAUCUGACGACGGAUCCCAAGGAGAGCAACGGUUCAUCUGCACCGUCCCUAUGUUUCACAUCUACGGCUUAGCAGCGUUCGCCACUGGACUACUCGCUUACGGAUCGACGAUCGUCGUUCUCUCCAAGUUCGAGAUGCACGAGAUGAUGUCGGCGAUUGGGAAGUACCAAGCAACGUAUCUGCCUCUCGUGCCACCGAUCCUUGUGGCGAUGAUCAACGGCGCGGAUCAGAUCAAGGCCAAGUACGACCUGAGCUCUCUGCACACUGUUUUGUGCGGCGGAGCACCGUUGAGCAAGGAGGUGACGGAGGGAUUCAUGAAUAAGUAUCCGACGGUCAAAAUCUUACAAGGCUAUGGGUUGACCGAGUCAACGGGUAUUGGAGCCUCUACGGAUACUGUUGAGGAAAGCCGAAGAUACGGCACCGCAGGGAAAUUAUCGGCAAACAUGGAGGGGAGAAUUGUGGAUCCGGUUACGGGUCAAGUUCUUGGACCGAACCAGACCGGUGAGCUCUGGCUUAAGGGUCCUUCCAUAAUGAAAGGUUAUUUCAGCAAUGAGGAAGCGACGAGCUCUACUCUUGAUUCUGAAGGAUGGUUAAGAACUGGAGAUCUCUGCUUUGUCGAUGAAGAUGGAUUCAUAUUCGUGGUGGAUCGGUUAAAGGAACUGAUCAAGUACAAAGGCUACCAGGUCCCUCCAGCUGAGCUAGAGGCUUUGUUGCUCACUCAUCCGGAAAUCGUUGAUGCUGCAGUCAUCCCGUUUCCAGACAAAGAAGUAGGGCAGUUUCCGAUGGCGUACGUUGUAAGGAAAACAGGGAGCUUAUUAUCAGCCCAGUCAAUAAUGGAGUUUGUAGCGAAACAAGUAGCACCGUACAAGAGGGUACGAAAGGUGGCUUUCGUAUCUUCCAUACCAAAGAAUCCUUCAGGCAAGAUACUGCGCAAGGAUCUCAUCAAGCUCGCAACUUCCAACUCCAAGCUUUGAAAUUGUUACAACUUACAAGCCGUAAUACUGAGAGCCAAUCUCCGUGUAUUAUUACUAUUUGUAUUGUAGUAGUAACUAUGUAUAGAGAUAUAUGACCGUGAGAGGUCUGAAAACACAGAAGGUUACACAUAAAUAAUGUGGAGAACAUUGGGUUUGAAUGGUAUGCAGCUUUUUCACGUUUUGGAAACUUGAUUCGGUUAUUUUUUACUAUUCAUGUUAUUCAUCACGUUUUCACGUUUUUUUAUGUUUUUGAAACGUGAUUCCGCUAGCGUGUUAAAAAUAUAACUAAAAAAACAAAACGUUAUUAAUCUACUAAAAGUAGAUUUUUAGCGUUUCACAAUUAUUCAGCUAAAAUAUUAUUCAGUUCAAUUAUUAUUUAUUUAAAUAAAGAGCGUAGUUUCAAAACAUGUUUAUGAUUGUAUAUUAGACUAGGGUCAAAUUUUAACACAAAUUUAUGUAGCCAAAGCUUAAAAGAACUUGGAUACUACACCUAAUUUUAC